GUGACACAGCACCUUGUCCUGUCCCCGCAGCGUGAGUGCAUCUCCAUCCACGUGGGCCAAGCGGGCGUGCAGAUCGGCAACGCCUGCUGGGAGCUGUACUGCCUGGAGCACGGCAUCCAGCCCGAUGGGCAGAUGCCCAGUGACAAGACCAUCGGUGGGGGGGACGACUCCUUCAACACCUUCUUCAGCGAGACGGGGGCCGGCAAGCACAUGCCCACGGCCGCCCUCGUGGACCUGGAGCCCACGGUGAUCGACGAGGUGCGCACAGGGACGUACCGGCAGCUCUUCCACCCCGAGCAGCUGAUCACGGGCAAGGAGGAUGCGGCCAACAACUACGCCCGUGGGCACUACACCAUCGGCAAGGAGAUCAUCGACCUGGUCCUGGACCGCAUCCGCAAGCUGAUGAGCAUCCCAUGGGGUUUCACAGGCUGCGGGGUCCUGGUGUCCCACAGCCUCGGGGGCGGCACCGGCUCCGGCUUCACCUCCCUGCUCAUGGAGCGCCUCUCCGUCGACUACGGCAAGAAGUCCAAGCUGGAGUUCUCCAUCUACCCGGCCCCGCAGGUCUCCACGGCCGUGGUGGAGCCCUACAACUCCAUCCUCACCACCCACACCACCCUGGAGCACUCCGACUGUGCCUUCAUGGUGGACAACGAGGCCAUCUAUGACAUCUGCCGCCGCAACCUGGACAUCGAGAGGCCAACCUACACCAACCUCAACAGGCUGAUAGGCCAGAUCGUGUCCUCCAUCACGGCCUCCCUGCGCUUCGAUGGCGCCCUGAAUGUCGACCUGACGGAGUUCCAGACCAACCUGGUGCCGUACCCACUGUACUGCGGGGACGUGGUGCCCAAGGAUGUCAACGCCGCCAUCGCCACCAUCAAGACCAAGCGCACCAUCCAGUUUGUGGACUGGUGUCCCACUGGUUUCAAGGUUGGCAUCAACUACCAGCCGCCCACGGUGGUGCCCGGGGGGGACCUGGCCAAGGUGCAGCGCGCUGUGUGCAUGCUGAGCAACACCACGGCCAUCGCCGAGGCCUGGGCCCGCCUGGACCACAAGUUUGACCUGAUGUACGCCAAGCGGGCGUUCGUGCACUGGUACGUGGGGGAGGGCAUGGAGGAGGGGGAGUUCUCGGAGGCGCGGGAGGACAUGGCUGCGCUGGAGAAGGAUUACGAGGAGGUGGGGGUGGAUUCGGUGGAAGGGGAGGGGGAGGAGGAAGGGGAGGAAUACUAAGCUCUCACAAGGGUGCUGCUCUCACAGGGAACAUAACCUAGUUGAGGACCCCGCCGCGGGUCUGUAGCCGUGUGUGCGCCUCGGUCUGUCCUGUUCUAUGGUCUGUGCUUCAAUGGAAAGUCUGUUACGCACCCACCUGUCCCUCCUCGUGGGUCUGAAUAAAAAGCAUUUCCUGUCUUA